GGAAGCGACGAAGCGCCCAUCUGGUGCCGUGACGUAACGCUUGUGACGUCUCGGAGCUUUCCUGUCAGUUGCGCACAAGCAACGCUGAGCGCAGGACGGUUUGUAGCCAUGGCGUUUAACAGAAACCACUCUCAAAACGGCGGGGUUUUGAUUAACAACGGGGAAAGUGUUUUAAGGGAAUGCAAGAACGUGGAGCUGUCAUUCAGUGAUGUCACCUGUAAGACAGACCUACUGAAGGGGACCAAGAAGGGCACUGUGUACCUCACGCCAUACAGGAUGGUGUUUGUGUCCAGUAACACAAAGGAUUGCCUGGGUUCUGCCAUGUUCCCCUAUUAUCUGAUGAAGGGCUGCAGCAUAGAGCAGCCGGUCUUUGCUGCCAACUACAUUAAAGGGACAGUGUCAGCCGAGCCGGGUGGUGGCUGGGAGGGUCAGGCACAUUUCAAGAUGUCAUUCCUGAACGGAGGAGCCAUCGAGCUGGGCCAACAUCUCUUCAAGCUGGCCACACAUGCGUCUCGUGCGACUCCUGCCCAGAAUGGUGCCUCUGCACAUCACGGCUAUCCUUCACCUGGAAUGAUGAACGGCUAUGGACCACCUCCACCUGCUCCGCAAGGCUAUCCGUAUGCGCCUCCUCCCCAGCAAAAUGGGUACUACUCGCCCCCUCCACACCCUGCUGCUGGCAACAUGGGCUACCCUUACCCAACAGCCGCCACAGGAAUGUACCCAUUAGGAUAUGACUACAUGGCACCUCCUCCCCCGUAUCCCGGACCCCCCCAAAACUGGGCUGCGCCCCCUCAGAACUGGACAGUUCCAGCACCUCCAGGCCCAGGUAACGCCAAAGCAGCUGAAGCAGCAAACAGCGCGUACUACAAUCCCAGCAAUCCACACAAUGUCUACAUGCCCAUGGAGCGGCCUCCGCCAUAUGCACCUUACCCAAAUUCUCCUGACAAGAAAGACAACUAAGGCUCAAAACACCGUGACACUUCCUCCUGAUCUUCUAAAGAUGGUUACAUACAACGCAAUACAGAAAACAUAAUGCAAGUGUUAAUAUGAUAUUUACGGGAUACAUUAUAAUGACUUUUUUGGCAGCCAUAUUGCUCCAUAAAAGUUCCCUUUUAUGAAAUGCCGUCUAGCAGCUGCAUCCUGGGGAACAAAAACAUCCAAAAGUCCUCAGUGACUGUUCUUUUGUCAUUUCCUGGCAUGUGGUAAGGGGCGCAGUUUGGCGCAGAAAGACGGAGGAGUGAUGAGGAAUGUAUUUUUAUGGCAGAUAUUUAUCACCACACACUUCAAUAAUUUCACAACAACAACCCCAAUUAUGACCAAUGCAUUUUUGCAGUAUCAUUUAAAGGACUGUACUAUUUCCUAUACAGUUUUUAGUGUGUGUGUGUGUGUGUUUAUAAAAAAUAGCAAGAGUGGGUUGGUGGGUUGAAUAGAUUAAUUCCCAAUUCCUGAUAUUUGGGCUAUUUUCGAUAGUAUUUGUGACCAAGAUUAUCCUGCUCUUCAUCAGUGAAAUUGUAUUGAAGUGUGCAAUAUUCCCAUUUCCUAUUGGUUAUAGUGGAAAAGCAGCGAUGAUCCGAGUGACCCUGUGCUCUUAACCUUCUAUUGUAUUCAUGUAUGCAACGGCAAGCUGAAACCCGAAGACUCCUCUCCGUGUAAUUAGGCCAGUGUGCAGUUACCAGGCUUCAUCAUUUAGACAACUGCGGUGUUUUGCCUCCCGUAAAAAGCCCUGAGGGUUGACCAUUUAUUUCCAAUUAAGCAGUUAACGCCUAUUUACACUUCUUUGCACACUUUUAGUUGGGAGUUAUCUUUGCUUUAAUCAUCAAAUGUUUGUGAAUUGUUAACGUAGCUGAAUUUUGUUUCUUAACUGAAAUCCAAUAAAUGUGUCAUUUAUUGAA